AACUUUGGGCAUGCGGCUGCUGUUACCACAACUGUUGCAUGCAACAUGGAUGGCGAAAAUCGGAUUAUAUUAAAUGUGGGCGGCAUUAGAUAUGAAACCUAUAAGGCGACGCUCAAGAAAAUACCUGCAACGCGUCUCUCACGUCUGACCGAAGCCUUGGCCAACUACGAUCCGGUGCUCAAUGAAUACUUCUUCGAUCGUCAUCCGGGUGUCUUUACUCAAAUACUCAAUUAUUACAGAACUGGUAAGCUGCAUUAUCCCACAGACGUGUGUGGUCCUCUGUUCGAGGAGGAACUAGAGUUCUGGGGACUCGAUUCGAAUCAGGUAGAACCAUGCUGCUGGUCAACUUAUAGCAUACAUCGCGAUACGCAAAACACCUUAGCUAUAUUAGAUAAACUAGAUAUUGAAAAUGAGAAACCCACGGAGGAGCAAAUAGCGCGUCUAUUUGGCUUCGAGGAGGCUUUAAGCAACGGCGAGCUUAACUGUUGGCAACGUCUAAAGCCCAAGAUUUGGGCCAUGUUCGAUGAGCCCUCUAGCUCAACGGGCGCUAAGUUUGUUGCUGGCAUGUCGGUAUUCUUUAUAUUUGUUUCUGUGAUAUCAUUCUGCCUGAAAACCCAUCCCGGUUUUCGCGUGGACCUGCCCACCAGCUACAGCGCCUCCGCUGGCCAUGAUCCGCUUGCGUCACCCAUACCUCAGCAGCAAUCGCAGCUACAUCAGCAGCAGCAGCAACAGCAACAUCAAUAUCAUCAGCAUAGUAUAACGCCACCUAGCGGCAGCAUCGGUCCCACAUUUCGUGUCACGAACUAUACGAGCUAUAGCAGCGGCAAUCUGAGCGCUGCCCAGGCCACGCCCAUAGCCAGCAUGAAGGGGCGCCAGCGUCUGAAACGCGAUCUCAACGUCACGAACAGCUUCAAUGAGUUUCUCGAACAGAAGCUUCUCGGUCACAAUGGACGUCGUCAACAUGGCUGGAUCGAGACCUAUGGUCAGCCACAUAAGGCCUUCUUCUAUGUCGAGCUCGUCUGCAACGUGUGGUUCUUCAUCGAGGUGGUCAUUAGGCUAAUUGUCUCGCCCAAUCUGUGGCAGUUCAUUAAGUCUCCGGUAAACAUAAUUGAUUUCACGGCCACUCUCAGCUUCUAUACGGAUGUUAUGCAACGCAUGGGCGAAUAUACGGGCCUGUUGGAGGCCUUCUCCAUAGUGCGCAUCAUGCGUCUCUUCAAGCUGACUCGUCACUCGCCCGGACUACGUAUACUUAUACACACGUUCAAGGCAUCGGCCAAGGAAUUGACGCUGCUUGUGUUCUUUCUCGUUCUGGGCAUUGUCUUCUUUGCCAGCCUGGCCUACUAUGCCGAAAAAUUGCAGGACAAUCCAGAUAAUCAAUUCAAGAGCAUACCACUGGGCUUAUGGUGGGCUAUCGUUACGAUGACCACAGUGGGCUAUGGCGAUGUGGCGCCCAAGACCUACCCGGGCAUGUUUGUCGGCGCUCUGUGCGCUCUGGCCGGCGUAUUGACCAUAGCACUACCCGUACCUGUUAUCGUUAGCAACUUUUCCAUGUUCUAUUCGCACACGCAGGCCCGCUCGAAACUGCCCAAGAAACGUCGCCGUGUUUUACCUGUGGAGCAGCCGCGUCGCAAACGUGAGCCGCCGCCGCCGCAUCGCGGCCGCACGAAUGCCAUCAAGCAGACAACGCCAACGGUGGGUGGUGUGGUGGGCGCACAUAUGACUCUACAAACGCCCACGCCCAUGUUUAAGGAUGCAUUUGGCAGCGCCAAAAUUGCGGACUACUUAAGCGUGCCAGCCGUGCAGAGCCUGCAGCCGAGGGCAGCAACAACUGGACACGAAUUUAUGCUGCCGCUACAGCCGAAACUUGGCGCGCCACUGGAGCGCAAGGAUCAGCAUCCUCUACAGCUGACCGCCCACAAUUUGGCCUCUGAUACGCAACAGCUCUACGGCGGCCACAGCCAAAGCCCCAAAGUGGGCACUGUGCUGAGUGUGCCGCCCACCAUCAGCAUGACGCACACUCAAAUGCCACCAGGCAUAGCCAGCAUGGGUCAGCGCACACCGAAUCUCAGCUAUCGGGCCACACAUAUACAUACGCAUGCGCCCCUACAGCAGCCCAUGCCGCAGCAUUAUCAGCACUUGGAGUCGUCGUCCACGUCGAACAAUUGCAAUAUCAAAAUCUCUGUGGCAGGCGCUGCGGCCACAACGUGUGCCGACGAGCAUGUCCAGAGCAUGGCACCCAAGGUCACGCUGUUGGACGAUCUCAGCGAUGAGAUCAACUCCUCGACGGAUGAUUGCGCCGAAUGCUGUCUAGUGGACGACAGUGAUACGUAUGAGACCAGCAACAACAAUGGCGGCUCCUGUGGCAAUCGGCCAGUUGAACCGGAGGAGGAGAGCGCCACAGCUGAGGAAAGCGGCGACAGCUCUGGUGGCAUUUACAUAGGUCCCAAGCAUUGAUUGCCGGCCAUCAAAUGGGAGUUUCCAUGCUAGUAGGUAUGUGCAUAUAUAUGUUUUGUAUCUGAGUUUGCCACGGUCAUGCCGACAGUU